UCAAGGCGAAAUUUAUUUUUCACGAGUACGUAGCCUGAUGGACCUGUUCCGGCGUAACCCGAUUCUGGAGGUGACCAAGUGCGAGAUGUGCCCCAAACGGGUGUACCACUUCGUGACCGGACUGUGUGCCCGCUGUCUGCCCAUUUGGGCCGGAAGGAGGCAGCAGGACAGGAUGCGGCUGAGUCUGGAUCAAACCCGGGCGGUGAUUGUGGGCAUGACCCGGGGUCACCAGAAUCUGAGCCAGGUGGACCCCGUCUUCCGGCAGGCAAUCGAGGAGGCCAGGCUGCUGCGCCUCCAGAAGGUCGAUCUGUUCCAAAGGGUGCGCUAUCAGUUCCAGCUCGGCAUUCUCCCCGCACCGUUCCACGACCCACAGGGACCAUUUGACACCGAGGAGGAUUACUGGAAUGUGCCGGAAGUCGCCGAUAUGAGUUUCAAGGCAUUCCAGAACGAAAUUGACCUGCUGAGCGAUGUGCCCCGGCUGUCACUCGCUGACCUUGACCAAAACAACAAUGAAUAUACACAAAAAUAAAAUUAAAUAAUGAAA